AUGCACCUAUCCCCGCCAUCGACCUCCAACGACACCAACAACAGAGCAAGUCAUCUCCUCCCUUCAGUAAAGUGCUCUUCAUGCGCUCAGCUCGUUCCCCUCUCCUCGUUGGCAGAUCAUGUCUGCUCACCGCCAGCACCAACGGACACACGCACUCCCUCACCGGUGCACGUUCACACACCGUCUAGUGCCAGCUCACUCUCUUCAGCAGGCAUCCCACGCUCUCUCUCACCUGCUUCUAUCUCCUCUUCUUCCCCUUCCACCCCCCACCCGCCCCGUAUGCCCUCUCCAGCGCCGUCGCACUCCUCCCGCUCUGCUCCCCACCAGCAGCAUCAGCAUCAGCAGCCACCACUACCCGCACACAAGCCGCAGCAGAGCCAGCAUCUUCAUCCUGCUGAAACACGACGCGCUCCCUCCCCGGCACCGUCACAUCAUUCCUCGCGCUCGGUCGCUCCUCAACAGCAGCAGGCACCACCACUUCCGAAGCAGCAGCAGCAGCAGCAUAGCCUGCUUCCUUAUCCUGCAGAGGCAGCGCGUGCCCCUUCACCGGCGCCGUCACAUCAUUCCUCGCGCUCGGUCGCACCCCAGCAGCAGCAGGCACCGCCAGUGCCAAAGCCGCAACAGAGUCAGCUUCUCUAUCCUGCAGAGCCAGCGCGUAUCCCUUCCCCUGCGCCGUCCCAUCAUUCCUCGCGGUCUGUCCCCCCCCAGCAACAGCAGCAGCUCGUGCCAUUCCCAGUGCACAAUCCGCAGGGUCAGCAUCUGUACCCUUCUGACGCUCAUCUGCAGCAGCAGCAGCCUCCUCUUGCACAGCAGGCCCAGUCCUUCCAGCCAGGACAACAUCUCCCUCUCCAAUCUGGCCAGCUCUCUCUCCAACCGGGUCAACACAUGCCCUCACACCAGCCUGCCCCAGAUACCGUCACCGGCGGGAGCGCAGGCAUGGCUGGUGUCGGCAGGCGUGCCUUUGCCGCCGCAGCGCAGGCAGCUAUGUUUUCCCAUUCGCAUGCUCGACAGAGGGUCAGAGGCGGCCAUUUACCGCCUGUGGAUGUCGAGGGGGCUAAUAUGGUCCCUCCUGCGCAGGGGCAGUCCCAAGGAUCAACAUCCUUCCUCUCGCUGUCACCGCAUUCCCCCCAUCCCCCGCUCUCCCCAGCAUCACUAGGUCACUCAUCGCCCACCUACCCUCCGGCGCGCACGCCCUCCCCACUCAACCCCCGCCGGCCGUCAAAUGCCAGCAUCGCCCCGUCCCAGAGGGACGACCUGCUCUCCACCAGUGUGCUCUCUUCCCAGCCAUCUCCCUCUCCCUCCCCUCGGCCAUCCCUUGACCUCCCUCCACAGGAACGCAAGCCCUCACUCGACCGUGAGCGGGGGUCCAUCGACCUCCCCUCCUCCAGGCGUCCAUCAGUCGACCUUCCCCCCACAGUCCCGCUCAAAAUCUCAGAAAAGAAACGGUCCCUCGCCUCCGUAUCCUCGCGUACCUCCUCCGACCUACCUUCUGCCCCACUGACGAUCCCCAUCCCACCCAAAAUGGCCGUUAUCGACCCUCCCACGCCCAGCCCAAGCUCGAGCAUCACCCCCCGUCUGCCGUUCUUCGAAAAAUACAAGCAGCUCGUCUCCAAGCCUUCUCCCUCUGCUGCGUCAUCCCCUUCCCCUUCCCAACCCCAACAAGGGCAGGGCCAGCAAACACUCCCCACCCCAAGCCCGAGCUCCUCCGCACCGUCAAUCGCUUCCCCACGUCAACCUGCAUCCCCCGCACCCUCCUCGCCCCAAGUAAGCGUAAUCGAACUUGCUUAUAGGCAACGAGAUUCUGCCUCUUCCUCCGCUGCCAGUUCGCGCAAGCCCACCCUCACGCGGCCAGAACGCAGCCCAACGGAUCCGGGACCGCGUUUCCUCCCCCGGCAGUCCCUGGCCUCCCUCUACUCGCAGGGCAGCGCAGGGGGGGACGUCGUUUUCCCCUCCCUGCCUUCUAGGUCCGGCAGCACCGGGGGGGCGAGCCGCCAGCCAAGCUCGGCUUCCUCUAGCAGCUUUGGCACUUCUCCUCGCUCGACGAGCAAGUCCACAGGCGCGAUCGAUAUGGUCAUGGAGACGCUUUUUGAAGAGCCUAGUCUAGGGUCUGCGACUACGUCUUCGGAUAGGAGCGACAGGGAUCGGGAGAGAGACAGAGAUAGGGAGAAGAUCAAGCUCCCCCAACGGAGCUUUACUACUCCUUCCACAUCUAGCAAAGAAGUCAAAGACCGGCAAAGGCGAAAAGAACGCACUUGCGUCAAGUGCGGCGAGCGGAUCCGGGACGGCAGGUGGAUCCAGCGCGAAGGUUCUGGCGUGCUAUGCGAGCGGGACUGGAAGGAACUCUACCUCCCUAAAUGCCGGCGCUGUGAGCUCCCCAUCGAGCGGCACGCCGUAUCCUCGAGUGACGGCCAGCUGAAGGGCAAGUAUCACCGCGAUUGUUUUAACUGCGAUGCCUGCGCCAAGCCCUUUCCGGAUAAGACAUUCUACGUGUUUGAUGGAAAACCCUUCUGCGCAUAUCAUUAUCAUGCUCGGAAUGGCUCGCUUUGCGCUUCCCUGGCAUGUGGCCAGCCGAUCGAAGGGCCCUGUGCGGUCACGCAUGAGGGGACGAGGUUCCACCCUGAGCACCUGACGUGCGGGGAACUGGGUUGCGGGGAGAAACUGGAAGUCUACUGGGAGGUAGGGGGCAGGAUGUUGUGUGAGAAACACGGGGUUAGCGCGCUUGCGGCCGCGGUGCAGGCUAAGGACGGCCAGGCGACGGAUGCGGAGCUCAGGGGUGCGAGGAGGAAAACGAGGUUUGUCGAUUUGGUUAGGGGGAUGAGCGCUGGGAAGAAGUAGACGUUUAGGCGUUUCCUGUCUGUCUGCUCCCCUGUCUGCCUGCAUCUUCCCAGCGCGUAUGCCGGUUUCCCUUUGCUCGAUUGGACGAACUGCCCGGACUUGGACUAUGCAAUGGACGGAUCUCUCACAUCGUCGACCAGCAACACGACUAUUCCCUUCAAAUAUGUUAUUAUCCCCGCUCUUAAGCGGUAAUCCAUAUUUCAUCUUCCACCUCCAUUCUACACCUAUUCUGCCCACUAUGCCUGCCACUAUCACCCUCUCAUCGGUUUUCUCUCGGCGUCGGAACGUGAUACCCCUUCAAGCUCUCUUAUACCCCAUCAAGUUAUCCUCUUUAUUCGCUACCCAACCCUGCCCGAAUGCCUCUCGUUGAUUCAUGUUAUCCUGCCUAUCUGUCAUGGGCCUUUCCCCCCCUUUCUCCCCAGGCUACCUUGCAUGCCCCUCCCCACCCUUCAUGCUUCAUGUGCUGCCUGCCGCCAGCUGCGGCGCGGC